CGCACUGGGCAACUGUCGCCGAUAUCAAAAACCGCCACUGAUACCAAAUAAACAGAUGUCACCAUUGGAAGUCACCAAGAAACUGCAGUAAUGAUUAUUCACUUCAUUGCGGCGUUCUCCCUCUUAAGUCAUGUAGUAUCUCCAGUGAAACACUCCCUGAAGUUGAUUUUCAUUGAAUCAUCUGGAGUCCAAGACUUUGUGGGUGUCCUGUGGGCUGAUGAAACUGAGCUGGUGCACUGCAAUACCAACCUUAACAAAGCAGAACCAAAACCAAACUGGCUUAAAGAAUUCAUGAAAAGCAAUCAAGAACACAACGACUUGUACACUCAAGAGUGUCUUCAUAGUCAACAUUUUUUUAAAGACACAUUAAAUGUAUUGAGAAGGAGUUGCAGCCAAACUGAAGGUGUUCACACCCUUCAGAGAAUGUAUGGAUGUGAAUGGGACAAUGAGACUGAAGAGGUCAAAGGUUUUGAUCGAUAUGGUUAUGAUGGAGAAGACCUUAUGGAAUUUAACCAGGAGACACAGACAUGGCUCAUUUCAACUCCUUGUGCUAGCAUUGUCAAACACAAGUUAGACAAUCAGCAAAUUAGAAUAGCAGAUAUUAACCAUUACCUCACAAAUGUGUGUUCUAAAUGGCUAAAAAAGUAUCUGGACUAUGGAAAAUAUUUUCUACAACGAACAGACUGGCCCUCAGUGUCUCUCCUCCAGAAGACUCCCUCCUCUCCAGUCAGCUGCCACGCUACAGGUUUCUAUCCUGACCGAGCCGUCAUGUUCUGGAGGAAAGAUGGAAAAAAACUUUAUCAAUUGACGGACCGUGAACAGAUAUACCCUAAUCAGGACAGGACGUUCCAAAUUAAUGUAGUCCUAAAACUUUCAUCAGUCACUGUCACAACCCGGCUCAUAGGAAGUGACAAACAAAUGGGAGACCACACACAGGCUUCUAAAGGCUGUAAAACAUAUUUAAUGAAAAUAAGGUAA